AUGGCUGACGCAUGGGACGACGACUGGAUAAAUAAAGCGGACACGAAGUCAGUAGCAACAGACUCAACUCCAGCCCCCGCCAAACUCUCAAAAGCAGAGCGAAGAGCGCAGCAGGCCGAGUUCAACAGACAGAUAUGGGAGGACGCGUGCGUAAUGUGUACAUUACGAUGGAAGUAUUUGCUGAAGCUAUAUAGUGAAAAGGAACAAAACAACUAUUUUCUCGAGACUCAGGGCGUUGUGCCCUUGAAGUCCGAUUUCAAGCCCACAAUGACCGUCUUGAGCCGGAAGCCACCUACCAAGGUCUCCAAAUCCAUUGAUGGAUUGGGUCAGGUGGGCCUCGACGAUGACGAUGAAGAUGAUGAGGCAGCCAAAAAUGUCUUGACGCCAGAAGAGCAAAUGCAAAAGACUCAGCGUGAGCGGGAAGAAAAGCAGAAGGCUUACGAAGAGCGUAGACGCGAGCUCUUUGGCAAGGACAGUUCCACAAGCAGGCAAUCCUCGGCGAAGGCCCCCAGCAGUCCUCGAAAUCAGAGCCGAGCAAAUCGAGGCGAAAACAGGCCUACCUCAUCUGCCAGCCAAAAGACCCGUCAACUCUACGACCCUAAUGAAUCCGCCAAACCCGAUGCCUUCAGGCCACAGAAAAAAGAUCCGCAUUUGAGCGAAAAUCAUCCAGUCCGUGAACCAAGAGCCCCCGAUGGAAGUGGGCGAGGCGGGUCCGGUUUCGCACCUCGCGGGGGUCGCUCUACUUGA